CUUUGUGCACUGCUUCAUUCUCUUGAACUUAGUAUUAUCUUGGAGGGAGUUUCUUUUUCUAAGGGAUUAAGCUUGAAUAUAUUGAGUUUUUAAGAUCAUGUCUAUGUCAGUGGAGAUAAGAGUUCCAAACUUGGAUUGUGAAGGAUGUGCUUCUAAGCUUAAGAAGACUCUACUCAAGCUUAAAGGAGUGGAAGAAGUGGAAGUAGAGAUGGAAACUCAAAAAGUGACGGCUCGAGGAUACCGGUUAGAGGAGAAGAAGGUAUUGAAAGCGGUACGACGGGCCGGUAAGGCAGCUGAAUUGUGGCCAUACCGGUUAGGCAAUAGCCAUUUUGCCUCUUUCUAUAAAUAUCCUUCUUAUGUGACCAACCACUAUUACUCUGAUGCACACCGUACCGAUCCCACCGGUGGUGUCCACACUUUUUUCCACACUCCCGCGGUAUACUCCGUUGCGGUGGCCGGCGAUGAGAUCGCGGCUUCGAUGUUUAGUGAUGAUAAUCCUCAUGCUUGUGAAGAAAUGAAGCACAACAAUGUUAUCCCCAAUGGACACUUCAAAAAGAAGUGGGAACACUAUGUGAAGACUUCGUUCAACCAACCUGCCAUGAAAACCAGAAGAAGAAUUGUGAGGCAGAAUAAGGCUGUGAGGAUCUUUCCCCGUCCCACUGCUGGACCUCUCCGACCUGUUGUACAUGGUCAGACUCUUAAGUACAACAUGAAAGUCAGAGCCGGUAAAGGAUUCACUCUUGAAGAGCUUAAGGCUGCUGGUAUUCCCAAGAAGUUGGCUCCUACAAUAGGUAUUUCUGUUGACCAUCAUCGCAAGAACCGAUCUUUGGAGGGCUUACAAUCCAAUGUCCAGAGGCUGAAAACGUACAAGGCUAAGUUGGUUAUCUUUCCGCGCCGUGCCCGCACGGUCAAGGCUGGUGAUGCUGCACCACAAGAGUUGGCCAAUGCAACACAAGUCCAAGGAGACCACAUGCCUAUUUUUCGUGAGAUGCCAACAAUGGAGCUUGUUAAGCUGACUUCUGACAUGAAAUCGUUCAAUGCUUAUAACAAGAUCUGUUUAGAGCACAUGAAUCAGAGACAUGCUGGUGCUAGAGCCAAGAGAACUGCUCAGGCUGAGAGAGAAGAGAAGAAGUGAGGAUCUUUCUUCGUAGUUUAAAGAAAUUUUUGUGCUUUUU